AUGUUUUAUAUGUUCGACAAUCAAUCACUCUAUAGGGAGUGUCAGGGCUGGUGGGCCGCAGCAUGCGGUGCGGAGUUGCACGACGCCCGCCGCGCCACACGCGCCGUGCACGCCGCCCUGGCGCAACGCGCACGCAGCGGCGCGCCCCUGCACAAGGUCCCAGACGAAUGGCAGCUGCUGUGGAUCGGACCGGACGCUCCGGACGCUUACGUCAAGGAACUCUGCCAUCGAGUUCGGUCCGCGUUAGAAAGAUUUGAGACGUUGACCGACGAAAUGCCAAAAGAAGUGGACCUUCGCUCGUUCCUGCGUCCGUCGCGAGUGGUGUGGGCGCUGCUCGUGCGCGCCGCCGAGGGCCGCAACUGCUCCGUCGAUACAUUAAUGCUUGCCGCUAAGUGGAACUGUCCAGAGGAGAGCCCGGCCGGGGACAGCGUGCGGCUGCGCGGCGUGCAGCUGAGCGGGUGCGAGUGCGGCGCCGCGGGCGUGCAGCCGGCCCCGCCCCGCGCGCCGCCGCACCGCCCCGCGCCCCCGCUGCACGUGCGCUGCGUACCUACGCACGAAGACAGUAGUCUGCUGGCGGAAGGCGUGCUGGAAGUGCCCGUGUACUCGAACGAGAGCAGGGAGGAGCUCGUGUUCGAGAUGCGGGUGCCGCUCGCGAGAUCGUUCAACGCUGAAACCGCGACACUACACACGGUCGCUAUGUUCAUCGGACCGGUCGAUUGAAUAAAAUAUAACACAUUUUUCUACUUGCACAAGUUGACUUCAACGCACUCAGUAAAUGUUAAGCACUAGUAAGCGCACCACGUGUUUGAUUUUAAAUAA